CCUGGAGGCGUGGCCUCCUCCGGUCGCUCUACGUGUUGCUACGUCCCGAGGCCAAAGGUCAGAAUAGUGAUGAAGAUUCCGCCACCGCCGCCGAUUCACUGUCGCACUUCUUUAGUUUUGUUUUAAUCGGAUAUUUCAGACGCAGGAGAUCUGAUCCACAACCGAAACUGGAAGGAGUCAUGGCUCAGCUGGUCGCGGUCUGCAGGGAGGGGGAGGAGGAUUACCCGUUCCUCGUCAGACAGAUCCCCCUGUACAUCGACGACACUUUAACGAUGGUGAUGGAGUUUCCUGAUAGUGUUGUAGAUGUUGACAACCAGGACGUCAACGCCUCCCACUGGAAACAGUUCUCUGAGUAUCACUCCAAGUUGAAGCAGCAGGACCUGAAUGUGGCCCUGAUGGUGACGUCCAGGGAGGUGUACGCUGCCUUAUCCCAGCUGGUGCCGUGCGUCGGCUGCAGACGGAGCGUCGAACGUCUCUUUUCUCAUUUAGUGGAAUCGGGGAAUCCGGCUCUGGAGCCACUGAGCAUCAAACCCACCGGGCUGCUGUCGGUCACCAAGGCCUGUUUGGCAGACGUCAAGAAGCUCUACAGCCUCUUCUACAUCCACGGGUCAAAACUGAAUGACAUGAUCGAUGCCAUUCCAAAAAGCAAAAAGAACAAACGGUGCCAGUUACACUCCUUAGACACACACAAGCCCAAACCUCUGGGUGGGAGCUGGAUGGAUGUGUGGGAGCUGAUGUCACAGGAGUGCAGAGACGAGGUGGUCCUUAUCGACAGCGCCUGUCUCCUGGAGACGCUGGAGACGUACCUGCGAAAACACAGGUUUUGCACGGACUGUAAGAAUAAAGUGCUGAGGGCGUACAACAUCCUGGUGGGGGAGUUGGACUGCACUAAAGAGAAGGGCUACUGCGCCGCCUUGUACGAAGGCCUGUGCUGUUGUCCACAUGAACGCCACAUACACGUCUGCUGUGAAACCGACUUCAUCGCUCACCUUCUGGGCAGAGCAGAGCCAGAGUUCGCAGGAGGUUAUGAACGGCGAGAACGUCACGCCAAAACCAUGGACAUCGCCCAGGAGGAGGUCCUGACCUGUCUGGGGAUUCACCUGUACGAACGUCUGCACCGGAUCUGGCAGAAGCUCCGAGCAGAGGAGCAGACCUGGCAGAUCCUCUUCCACCUGGGCGUAGACGCGCUCCGGAAAAGCUUCGAGAUGGCGGUGGAGAAAAUGCAGGGGAUCAGCCGGCUGGAGCAGUUUGUGGAGGAGUUGUCUGAGGAGGAGAGAGCCAAAGAGCUGAAACAGGAGAAGAAGAGGCAGAAGAAGAAGAACCGACGCAAAAACAAGUGUGGCUACGAUGUGUCCGAGCAGGAGGCGCAAGAAAAGGACCAGGACCAGGACCAGGCCCAGGGGCCUCUGGAGUCCGUGGGGUCCGGCUGUAAGGCCUGUGGAGGCCAUGACGAGGAGGAGCCCAGCUGUGAAGAGCGAAUCGCUGCCAGUGAAACCUCGUCCUGCCGUUGCCCAGAUGACACCAAACCAGAUUUAUCUCCUCACAGCAAUGGCAGUGACUGCGGCUACUCAUCGAGCAUGGAGGGCAGCGAGACGGGGUCCGGAGAAGGGUCAGACAUCGCCUGCUCUGAGGGAAUCUGUAACCAUGACGACGCAGGCGGCAGCGCUCAUCCCCAUCACUGUGCAGACGAUAAGGAGGAGGACGGGACCGACAGCUGCGUGGACUGUUGGACUCACUCAGAACCCAACACUCAGUGUAAGAGUAAAAAGAAGAAGAGGAAGGGCAAAGGCUUGUGCACAGACCAGGGCCCAAAGGCGGAAGGCUGCACAUCAGACGGGGCGUCGCCUCCGGGCCUCAGUCGACCUCUGCUGCAUCCGUGUCGAACCAAAGAACUCUUCUCCUCCUUGUGCGGAGACGCAUUCACGAACGUGGCCCUCCGGUUACCGUGGGCAACGCAUCAGGACAACCUCAACUUCGGCGCCAGGCCCCCGGACGCCAAAAUAAGUCUGGAGGAACUUCUGGAUGACUCUGAGGCAAUGUCGGACGAGGAGAACUGUUUGACCCAGGAUGAGAUCCAGGCCUUUAUAGACCGGAACCAGUCCUUUUACGACAACCGCCACCGGUACCGACAGCACCUGAAGGAGAAGUUCACCGACUACUGCCGCGCCACUGAGACCACCACGCCCUCCUGCAGCCAGCGGAGGGUGCCCGUCUGCAGUGGCAAGUGGUUCGCCACCGCCAGCGUCAACUAGACACAGCGACGCCAUUGUCUGGAAACACAAAAAAGAAAAGAAAAAAGAUAAAUCUGAAGUACAGUCGCUGUCUCGUUGAAUCAUUUCUCCUAAAAGUAAAUGUGAUUCUCACUUUUCGGUCAUUUUUUGUUCUCUUUUGCACUUGUACACAACACGUUUCCACGUUAUUUGCGUCUCACAUGGAACCGUUGGACCAUGCCUCCGGCCGUCUGUCGGUUCAUGGGUAGAAUCACGGUGGAGUCAGUAAUCGCGCUUUGCAAACUGUGACUUUAGGGAUAUGUUUAGGAGUCUUAUUUUUGUCUUUUUUUAUUUAGGUUCUUUCGGUGAUACUUCAGUGUAGUGGUAAAGGUUGUUCUGAUAAAUGUACAGAAAUUCUAAAUAUAAAGAUUUUACAGAGAAUAAACAUCCAUUUGUAACAGGGACUUGGGUGUGAUGUUAAGAGCGCAAUGUGCAAAUUUUACUAAAUAAAGAAUAUUUAUUAAUAUGCAUCA